AUGGACCAAUAUGUAUUGGAAAACAUGUUUUCAUGGCUUCCAACCAGGUCCCUCUUGAGGUUUCAGAGCGUUUGCAAAACUUGGAAUUCGAUAAUUUCCGAUAGAAUCUCAAGUUCCGAUUUCCGGGACGUGCACCUGGAUCGAAUUCUGAAAAACCCAGACAAAUUGUCACACUCAAUCCUCAUAACUUCUCCAACCGCAGCUCUAGGCUACAAUGCAUGUUUGAGCAGCAAAGACAUUGCAGGUUUUCGAUACAAUGCAUGUUUGAGCAACAAAGACGUCGAAAAAGCGUGGAAGUAUCUUCCUAAACCUGCUGGAGUUCACAGCAACAGUUUCAGGCUUAUCGGUUCAUACAACGGCUUAAUUUGUCUUCAUGAUGAACACUUCAACAUAGUAUUGUGGAAUCCGUGCAUGGGAUUGUAUGAAACGGUAGAGAAAAAUUUCCCGCUUGAUGAAGUAUGCAAAACCAGUAAACAUUACUCGUUUUGUGGGUUUGGCCCCAACUCAUCUGCUGCUGGAGGUUAUGUAAUCGUAUUGGGAUAUCAUUCUUAUCUCAUACUCAAUGCUAUGGACAACAAACUUGGGCGGUAUAUGUGGAAAAAUAUUCAAAAUAUCAGAUCUUAUAAUGUUUUUGAAAGUAUUGGGGUUCUUGUGAAUGGAAAUCUUCAUUGGCCAGCAUCCGGCCUGGUGGUUUCAUACAAUUUGAAUGAGCAGAAGCUCCGCGAGUUCCGGGCACCGACUAAAAGUAAAAGUGGCCAAUUCUGGGAGCAGGAAAAAGAAUUCAGGGUUGGAAAUUUCAGGGAAAAGCUUUUUGUGAUUUUUAAGGCUGAUAGCAAGUUCGAGAUCUGGAUAUUGGAAGAUAAUGGUGUCCGGAAAAUUUGGAAAUGGCUGUUUAAUAUUGAGGGAUUAGUUGUAUUUCAUGACAUUUUGGUACCAUUAGGGUUCUUGAAGAAUGGUGAUAUCAUUAUUGAGGUGGACAGGCGUUUCAUAGCACAGUACAGUUUUGCUUAUAAAAUUAUGAAAGUUCUUAAGCAGCUUCCUGGUGGUGGCACUAAUACUUCUGCGAUUUCAUUUGUGGAGACCCUGGCUAUACCCAGUAAUUGA